AUGGCUCAGAAUCUCCCUUUCAAGAUGAACAACCCGGACCUGUUCCGCGACAAAUCCCUCAUCGGCGGCGAAUGGAAAGAAGCCUCCUCCGGCAAGCGCUUCGACGUCUACGACCCCGGCAGCAACAAAGUCUGGGCCACCGCGCCCGACAACACCGCCGAAGACACCGAUGCCGCGGUCAAAGCCUCCUACGAAGCCUUCCAGUCUUUCCGAAAGACCAACCCAAAGCAGCGCGCACAGUGGCUGUUGAAAUGGGACCAGCUGAUCAGGGACAACCGCGACGAUCUGGCGAAGAUUGUGACGUACGAGUGCGGGAAGCCGAUUGCUGAGAGCCAGGGGGAGCUGGACUAUGCGCUGGGGUUUACGUGGUGGUUUGCGGGCGAGGCGGAGCGGGUGAUGGGGACGGUGCAGACGCCGAGUGCGCCGAAUCGGAGGGUGUUUACUAUCAAGCAGCCCAUUGGGGUUGCGGUGGCGCUGGUGCCGUGGAAUUUCCCGAUUGCCAUGAUCUUGCGGAAGGCUGGUGCUGCGCUCGCGGCUGGCUGCACGAUGGUGGUCAAGCCAUCUCCAGAGACGCCUUUCUCCGUCCUCGCGCUGGCAUAUCUGGCAGAGCAAGCCGGGUUUCCGAAGGGUGUCUUCAGCGCCCUGACAACGUCUCUCGAGAAUACGCCAGCGCUCAGUGAGGCUCUUUGCCGGCAUCCGCUCGUCAAGAAAGUCACCUUCACUGGUAGCACGCGCGUUGGCAAGCUGGUUGCGAAGCAUUGCUCGGAUGGUCUCAAAAAAGUGACGCUUGAGCUUGGUGGCAACUGCCCAUUCCUGGUCUUUGACGAUGCAGAUCUGGAUCAGGCCGCAACUCAACUCAUGGCCCUCAAAUACCGCCACGCCGGCCAAGCCUGCAUCACCGCCAACCGCGUCUUCGUCCAAAAAGGCGUGUACGACAAAUUCGCAAAGAUCCUCGCAGAAAAGGCCGGCGCACUCAAAGUGGGCCACGGCGCGACUGAAGGCGUGACAAUGGGUCCAGUGACCACUCCUCGGAGCUUGGACAAGGCAGAAGCGCACAUCGCAGAUGCAAAGAAGCUGGGAGGCCAAAUCGUGCUCGGCGGCAACAAGCUGCACGGCACGAAAGGGUACGAUGGAUACUUCUUCGAGCCGACGCUCAUCACGGGUGCGAAGAAGGAGAUGAUGAUCUCGUCUGAAGAGCAGUUCUCGCCUAUCCUGGCGUUGUUCGAGUUCGAUACCGAAGAGGAGGCGGUGCAGAAGGCGAAUGAUACUUCGAUGGGUCUUGCUAGCUACUUCUUCACCAAGAACAUCGACCGCACAUGGCGAUUGCUGGAAAACCUCGAGGCCGGCAUGAUCGGCAUGAACACCGGCAACUCUUCUGCGGCCGAGACGCCGUUCGGCGGUAUCAAGGAGUCUGGAUAUGGCAAGGAGUCGGGCAAGGACGUUGCGGUGAACGAGUAUUUGGUCACCAAGACUGGUACCUUGACUCUCAGUGGGCAGUACUAG